GUUUCCAAUUUCAAAGCGACACAUUUACAACAGCCACAGGAUGCAUUUCAUAAAAAUCCAUAAAGUUGUUUGUCUGGUAAUCUCUCUAUUUUAUCGUAUGGGCAUUUGGCAUCGAGGAGAUCAACCUACAGUCAAGGAGAUACGGAUAAAAUUUUUUUACAGCGGUUUUCACGCACUCUUCGCUCUGGCAUUACUAUUUGGAGCAAUUACGAACGACAGAAGGGAUAAAUCUAUAUUCCUAGCGGAUGUGGCAAUCGGGGUUGCAGUUUUGUCAGUAAAACUGUGGAUGUUAAUGUGGAAUCAAAAGAACAUUCUCCAUUUAUUGAAUCGAGUUUGUGUGUUUUCGAUUCAAGAUGAUAAUGACUAUAAAUUUUUCGACGACAAACUUAAAGGAUUUGUACAAUUUGCGUUUACAUUCAUAGUCAUUGUAACUUUUGAUGGUUCUUUAUCGACCUUGGUUUUAUCGUUACUUGGAAGUGAGAAAACGUUAUACAUGGAAAUUGCAUUUCCCUUGGAUUAUAAACACAAUGAAAUUGCAUUUUGGAUUGCAACUACUUUUAUUUUUACUGAAUUUUUAUUAACAAUAUUCGCUUUCAUUUUCACCACAAUAAUUUGGUAUUUCCUUUUGAUUUGUUCCCUGAGAUAUAAAUUGCUGGGAAACGAUUUGAAAAAUAUGGGACGAAUUAGCGAAAAUAACAAUAAGAAGAUAAGGGAAGAGGAAGUGGAUAACAACUUUCUGAAAAGCCUAAUCACAUUAAUUGGCGCUCAUUUACAUUUAAAAGAAUUGAUAACCGAAGUGGAGUAUUUCUUCUCAGGCCUCUUUUUCAUGCAGUUUGCUACUAGCGGUGUGUCCAUCUGCCUAUCAAUUUACUGCCUGGCAUUUGAUAUUGGUGAAAGUCUAUUAGAACGAAUAAUGUUCCUCUUAGUUUUUAUUUACCUUAUUGCCGAUCUAUUUAUGAUCACGUACUUUGGCAAUGAAAUUAUGCUAUCAAGCGAUUGUCUUUCCUACUGCUUAUUCGAGUCGGAUUGGUACAAUCAGCCGCAGUCAACCAAGAAGAAUAUCAUUAUUUUUGGUGAAUAUUUAAAGCAACCACAAGUGUUUGUUAUUGGCAAAUUGUAUCCAUUGACUUUGGAGACAUUCACAAGGAUUUUGAAUUCAGCCUACAGCAUGUUCAACAUCUUAAAAAGUUUUCAGUAGUAAAAUUAGU